UCUGCCGUGCAACCCAACCAUGGAGCGGAAGGGGAGAGACAACGGCUAUACACGCGUAUUGGAUGAGUUCCACGAUAUUAUGCGACAGUACGUGUCGGCCGCGAUCGGUGCGCCGGUGGUGUUCAUAGUGAGUGAGGCUUCGGCUGGCAGUGGAGGUGGGUCUGCUGUUCACAGGCUCUUCCCGCCAGAUACUUUCGCUCCCCCGGCUUGUUCGCAGAUACAGUUCAAUGCUGUGAACAUGACGCUUAUGAAGAGAGUGCUGGCGCUUAUUUGCAAGCACGAAAAACUGGAUCUGGAUAAGAGCACAGUCGAAAAGUGGGCGGAGGCAGGAGGUGGCGACAUCCGCAAUGCCGUGAGCAUGCUGCAGUUUGGCACUGUGGUGUCUAAAACUCGAGGUGACGCUUCAAAAGUCAGCGCUAAACGUGGCGCAAAGAAAAUACGUGGCAAGGCGGACAAAGAUGAACAUUCGAACAACGAACAAUUCGAUCCUACAAGUGCUGGAGUGUGCGGGAAAGACGAUACGAUUUUUCUCCUUCAUGCGGCCGGGAAGGUUCUACACAACAAGCGUACCAUCCUGGUAAAACAUUCGGCCGAGUAUAAGAAGUUCGAUAAGCGAUUGCCCAAGCAAAACCAAAGGUUCGACUUAAAAUACGACCCAGAAGAAUUAGUACAGAAAGUGCGCACGUCCGGACUGAAAUUCCGACUUCUUCUGCACGAGAAUUGCGUCCCGUUCUUCAAUGAUAUGGAUUCCAUGGUGGAGGCGAGCGAAUACCAGAGCGAUGCAGAUAUAUUGGACCAUUGGCAGCAUCCUCUCCAACAAGAGCUGGCUACUCUUGUGUCAGUUCGUGGUCUAUCAUACUCUCGGCCAGGCACCGACGCGAAAGGCCCCGGGUGGAUGCCCUUGCACGGAACUAAGUGGUAAG